AUGAGUUAUAUUGAAAAUGUUAGAUCACUUUUAGAGGACAUCGAAGUUAUUGAAGAUGCUAUCUCUAAAAGGUUUCAAAGGAAUCCAGAGGUUUAUUACUAUUAUUCACAACAAUUGAAUGAUAUUAACGGUGGAGGUGAGGAAACCAAGACUGUGGUUAGUAAUCGAAGUUCGAAUAGGAUCUAUAAAUCCAGAAAGCAUAAGAGAGAUAGAAAGCAAGUUAUUUUGCAACAAUAUGAGACUAAUGAAUUUAUAAAAGAUAUUAGAUCAAAACUGAAUGAAAUUAGAGAAAUUAAUGUUACUAAGGAGAGCAAUGGGAUCAAAUUAGAUAGAUAUGUGGAACUGAUGGGAAGUAUUGACACCAAAUAUGAAGACAGUGUUUCUGAUAAUCAACAAUUGCCAAUUAACAAAACAAUAUUUCAAUAUUCAAUGUUUACAAGUUCAAAUUCUAAGAAUAAACCCAAUAAUAUAUUGUCAGAUAAAUGUAAAUAUCUGGAGAUCAAUGACUACUUUACCCGAGAUGAACAAUAUGGUGAGUAUUUGGAAUUAGAAAGAUUUUAUAAUAAUUGGCUAAAUGUCAUAAAAUCUGCUAAUUGUUCAAUAUUGCAAUAUAUGUCAAUAAUUGAAAAAUUCUUAGAUUCAGCACAAUAUAUUUUACAACCACCAAUGGAUAGGAAGAAUGAACGGUAUUUGAAGUUUUUAGAGAUAAUAGAAACCUAUCUUACAAGUUUUAUUAAAAAAACAUAUGUACUUAUAGAUUGGGAAGAAGAGGCAGAAGUAUUAAAAUAUGAUUAUGAGAUCGAAUGUACAAAAUCUCUUAUGAAACAAGGUAAAGGAAAUUUUUGUAGAUUAUGUGGUAAAUGGUUUAAGACAGAGUCUGUUUUUGAAAAUCAUUUACCUGGUAAGAAUCAUGUUAAGAACUAUAAGAAAUACUAUGAUGAAUAUUUUAUAGAAUUCAAAAUUCAUCGAAUCCUCAAUUGGUUAAGCAAAGAGUUUGAAGAAACUAAACUAUUCCUAGAGAGAAAGCUAGCCUUUACAAGCGACGAAAGAAUAAAAGAGAUUGAUAGAAUGACAGAAGUGUAUGAAAGGCCAGCAUACUCAGUGGGAGAACCAGAAGAAGGAAAACCAAAUGAAAAUUCGAGCAAAACAUCUUCCAAUAAAAACGAUAUAAUCAAUGGAUCAUUUGAUAUGCCAUUAGGACCAGAUGGCUUACCGAUGCCAUAUUGGUUAUAUAAAUUGCAAGGUUUAGAUAUGACGUAUAAAUGUGAAAUCUGCGCAAACACGAUAUACAAAGGUAGAAGAACGUUUGAGAAACAUUUUUCCGAAACCACGCAUAACUACCAUUUACGCUGUCUUGGAAUUGAACCAUCCAGUGCAUUCAAGGGCAUUGUGAGUAUCAAAGAAGCCACGGAUCUUUGGGGAACCAUGAACGUAAAGGAUAAAUCAAGCAAGCAUGCGGAAUCCAACAAUUACGAAAUUGAAGUUGAAGACAAAGAGGGAAAUGUUUUAUCAAAGGAAAUCUACGAAGAGUUAAAAAAGCAAGGAUUGUUAUAA